AUGGCCGGGGUGGCUCUGGCCGUCGCAGGUAUGACUACAAAGAGCCUUCAGAUCACCGGUCUUCGCGUAUUCCUCCAAAUGUACCUAGGACUACGCCCCCCAGAAAGCAUGGCCGCUCGCGGCCCAUGGAGCGACAUGAUUUAUACCGACCGCGCUCUUUGUCGCGCUCGAGGUCACGGCGUCGCUCAUUAUCGUCUUUCUCAGAUUCGCGCUCUCGAUCCCCAGCAAGGAGAAGAGCGCACACCCGCGUGGACAGCCCUAGGUACCGUAAACGCCGCAGUCCAAGUUAUAGCAGUUAUGGUUACAGCAGUCAUAGCGAUGAAGAUAGAAGCCGGAGCAGGAGCCGAGUUCGUCGCUUGGACGCCCCGAGGAAAUAACCUGGAAAAACAAAUAUUGUGUACCAUACCUCAGACCGUUAUUGAAGUGCAGAUGCAUGGUCAUGGCCAUCCUACGCGCUUUAUUAGGCCUAAUGAUAAUAGUCUUCAGGAAAAGGCUUGA